CCUUUCACACGAUCCGUACGGUAUUCACUCGACCUAUCGAUAAACGCAAACGCCCCUCCCCUUCUUCUCACUUUCCGUUUUUUCCCUUCCGCUUUCAAAAGUUCCCACCAAGUUUUAUCGGUUACGAAUCCAGACCACUCGAUUUUCCCUGAUCCGCCAGCAUGCAGGCGCCUGGUGAAGAAACCUCCCGCCGCUGCGCGUGCUUUGACGGAGAGAAUUGUUGUUUUCACGGCGAUCACGACCGAUCCAGUGAUCCGAACUGCCAGCAUUGCGGAAAAUCUGAUAGGUCGUCUUCAUAUUCAUAUUCUUCGCCCGCAUUGGAUUCGAUUCUGUUGACGGACUCGGAGAAGCUACGGAGGAUUUUCAUUGCUUCCGUUAAGGGCUUCGCAAUCGGAGCUGGUCUCAAAGGUGGCCUUGCUCUCUUCUCGAUCCUUGCUCGAUUGAGGCGACGAAAGGUUCUAACCUCUCUCAGGAAAGAGAGUGUGAUUACGAAUAGUGAAGCAACUAUAAUGGCUGUGAAGGAGACCUUGAGAUACGGUCUCUUUCUUGGCACUUUUUCGGGUACAUUCGUCUCUGUGGAUGAAAUUAUUGGUUCUUUUGGUGGUCAUCGUAGGACUGCGCGAUGGAGGGCUCUGGUAGCGGGGGCAGUGGCAGGGCCUUCAAUGCUGCUGACAGGGUUAAACACACAGCAUACGAGCUUGGCGAUAUACAUACUUCUGCGCGCUGCCGUCUUGGCCUCACGAUGCGGGAUAAAAAGCAAGCGGUUCGGGCAAAUUUGUAAACCUCUGACGUGGCCGCAUGGUGACAUAUUCCUCAUGUGUCUCUCCUCUUCACAAAUUUUGUCUGCUUACAUAUUGAAGCAAGAGAGUCUGCCUCCAUCAUACAAGUCCUUUCUCAACAAACAUGGUGGAAAGGAUUCCAUUAUCCUCGAAGGUGUGAAACAGAUUGCAAGUGGCAUGCCUUUGACGAAUUUGGAGGAAAUUGAGAAAUAUUUCAAGGCCAUGGGCACAGAUAUCAAACUAGAUCCAAAAAUGAAGGUUCCCUGCUCGAUUAUACAUGCAAAUCAGUCAUGCAGUUCACAUGUUCUUUCUUUUUUCCUUCAAGCCUAUAAAAGAGCAUUACCGGUGUAUCUUCCAGUAUAUUUGAUUCCUGCACUGAUAGUUCAUCGUCAGGGACUCUUGAAAAGGCCUUACACGAUAUUAGGAAAAGGUCUUCUUGGCACUGCAAGAUCAAGCUUGUUUCUAUCUGCAUAUUGCUCAUCUGCAUGGAUGUGGACUUGCUUGCUCUUCAGGAUUUUCAAGAGAUGUAACAUUCCAAUGGUGGCAAUGGGAACAUUCCCAACUGGCCUGGCAUUGGCCAUUGAGAAGAAAAGCAGGCGAAUGGAGAUAUCACUCUACUGCCUAGCACGGGCUAUUGAGAGCUUCUUCACAUGCAUGGCUGAAGCUGGAUAUCUGCGGCAGUCGAAGAACUUGAAGAGAGCUGAUGUGGUGAUAUUCAGCUUAUCAACUGCCAUCAUAAUGCACUGCUAUUCUCAGGAAAGGGAAGUAUUUCGAUCAAAAUACUUGAAUGUUCUUGAUUGGGUGUUUGGCGUACCUCCUCCCCCUUGUGAAACCCCGCGCUGCAAAAAUAGUUAGAAUCUCUAGUUUUCUUUCCAUUUAUGUUUAACCUUCUCCCAAAAUGAGUCCAGAGAAGUUGCUUAUAGCAAUGAGGGGUUAAUUUAUAUAUUCUUCAGUAACCAUUCAUGCUUAAAUUUUGGUAACUAUUCAUGCUUAAAUUUGAUUAGACAUUUUUUUUUUUC